AUGGCAGCGAAAAAAAGAAAGUUUUCCGAAGAUUACAUUAAGUUUGGAUUUACUUUCAAAGAAACAGACGAGUCACAAUUGCCUCAGUGUGUGAUAUGUAUGAAAGUUUUAAGUAAUUAUAGCAUGAGGCCCAAUCGCCUUGAAAGGCAUUUAAAGCAACAACAUCCUACUCUGGUUUUGAAGACGAAAGAGUUUUUUUCUUCUAAAGCAGAAUCACUCAAGCGGUUAAGAUUGGAUAAAUCGGGAAGUUAUCACACAGGUGUAUCGCAGCAUCUCAAAGCUUCAUUUGAAAUAGCUUUUAUGAUAGCAAAGCAAAAGAAACCUCAUACUAUCGGUGAAGAAUUAAUAAAACCAUGUGCACUAAAAGCCACGCAGAUAAUUUUAGAAGAUGCAGAGCAAAAAAUGAAGUCCAUUUCUCUUUCCAAUAAUACAGCUAAGCGUAGAAUCGAUGACAUUGCAGCCGACAUUAAGUCACAAAUAAUUAACAAAGUAAAAUUAUCGCCAUUUUUCGCCAUUAGUUGCGAUGAAUCCACCGACAUCGUUAAUUGUGCACAGUUAAUAGUUUAUGAUCGUUACAUCGGCGGAGAUAUCAUUGAAGCGUACUCUCAAUCUUUGACAGCGGGCAAGCUUUGGCUUCCAAAACAUUGCACAGAAUUACGCCAGACUUUGGACUCGGCUAUAAGGACUGUAAACUACAUCAAGAGCAGCGCUUUGAACAGUCGGUUAUUUACUUUAAUUUGCGAGGAUCUUGAUUCUAAUCACAAAGUUCUUCUGUUCCAUACAGAAGUUGUCGUGUUGGCUCGCCUUUAUGAAGUGAAAGAAGAGGUAAAUCUUUUUCUUGAGUUGAAAGAAAAACACGAUUUGCUCACAAUGUUCAAAGAUGACACAUUUCAAUGUAUAUUGGCUUAUUUAACUGACAUAUUUGAUACCUUGAAUGAGCUAAACUUGAAACUUCAGGGCAGAAACGGCACUAUAAUAAGCAAUUAUGAUUAUAUUCAGGGGUUUAUAGCAAAGCUUCAACUUUGGAAUAAAAAAUUGUCUUCUGAAAAUGUUAUAUCUUUUUCUCGGCUGUUCGAAGUAAUCAAAAAUAACAAACUAGACGCAAAUUUGAAAGCUGACAUAAAAAUUCAUUUACAAGCGCUGGAAGACGAAUUUCGCCGACACUAUCGAGACAUCGAUUCAGAGUCACCAAUAUGGCACAUGACAAGAAAUCCAUUUGUUGUCGAUGUGUUACAAUUACCAGAAGAAGUUCAGAAAGAAUUUCUAGAAAUGAAAACUGAUUCGUCCAUGAAAGAUGAGUUCCAUCUUUUGACAUUGGAGAAAUUUUGGAUCAAAAGAUUGCCUGUUAAUUCGAAACUUGCCUCUCUUACUUUACGAGUACUAAUUCCUUUUUCUUCAACUUACUUGUGUGAGACAGGCUUUUCUGCUUUAGUUUUAAUUAAAACUAAACAGCGAAAUCGUCUUGAUGUCGAUAGCCACCUGAUGAUAGCUCUGGCAAGAACAGAACCUAGAAUCAACCAACUUGUACAGAACAUGCAAAAAAACCUCAAGUGUCUCAUUAAUACUUACGUUAAAACAUUCAAAGUUUGUUUAUUAGAAUUAAAGUAA